AUGCGAUCAGGGUGUAAUCCUGAAUGGCGGUUUUGCACGUGGGACCAGGCUGCUUUUGGACUUUCUGUGGAGCCCCUCAAGCCCUUCCCUGCCCCACGGCUGGAAAAAGAGGAGUGGGGCUGCAUCCCAGAGGCAGACGCUGAACUGAGGAUUGUCCUGGUGGGAAGAACCGGGUCCAGGAAAAGCGCCACAGGAAACUCCAUCCUGGGACAGAAGAAGUUUAAGUCCACCACAUCCCCCGCAUCAGGGACAAAAACAUGCGAAAGGAAGGAGACUGUGAUUGAUGGCAGGAAAAUUGUGGUGGUUGACACGCCUGGGUUUUUUGACACCAGUGUCACACCGGGAGAAACUUCCAAAGAAGUUAAAAAGUGCGUGAAAUGGUGCUCUCCAGGUCCACAUGCCAUCAUACAAGUCAUGCAAGUGGCCCGUUUCACUCCGGAGGAGAAAUACGUCGCUCAAAUAAUCCAAGAUAUUUUCAGCCUCGAGGCCAGGCAUUACAUGAUCGUUGUGUUCACCCGCAAAGACGAUCUGGAAGGAAAGACUUUGAAGACAUUCUUAGAGGAAGGAGAUGCUUCUCUUCGGGAGCAGAUUGAGCGAUGCGGGGGCCGUUGCCUUGCUUUCAACAACAGGGCUGAAGGUCAGGAGAGGGAAGAGCAGGUGAAGGAGCUGCUGGGCAUGAUCGAUGCCAUGCUGGAAAAGAACAGCCAGGCCCCCUUUUACACUCAAGAGAUGCUCACCAGGGACCGAAAACAGAUCGAAGAACACCGACGUCUGCAAAGGGAGAACAGAGAGCUGAGGAAGAAGUACGAAAAAUGGCUAGAAGGAUACAUAAACCCAUGCCACGUACUCUAGUAGUUGCAACCGUGUUGCCUUUUCAACAAAAAGCA